AUGGGCAAGAUCAUCUUCUACGAGGAGAAGAACUUCCAGGGUCGCUCCUAUGAGUGCAUGAGCGACUGCUCCGACAUGUCCUCCUACCUGAACAGGUGUCACUCCUGCAGGGUGGAGAGCGGUUGCUUCAUGGUCUACGACCGCACCAACUACAUGGGAAGCCAGUACUUCAUGAGGAGGGGAGAGUACUCCGACUACGUGUCUCUCGGCGUGAGCGAGUCCAUCCGGUCCUGUCGUUUGAUUCCUCAGCACAGGGGAUCCUACAAGAUGAAGAUCUACGAGAGGGAGAACUUCCAGGGCCAGAGCCAGGAGCUGACGGAGGACUGCGACAACAUGAUGGAGCGUUACCGCAUGAACGACUGCCAGUCCUGCCACGUGAUGGACGGGCACUGGCUGAUGUACGAGCAGCCCCAGUUCAGAGGCAAGAUGAUGUACCUGAGGCCCGGAGAGUACAGGAGCUUCAAGGACAUGGGAAUGAGCGGCACCAGGUUCAGCUCCGUCAGGCGUGUGACGGAUUCUUGCUGA